GAUUUCUGCUGAAAAUGUGACUUCCACAGCAUGCAUAUUAUACUAAUGAAGACUUUCCUCUCCUUAUACUUUGCUGGAGCUUGGUGCAUUUUAAUCUAGUGGGCUGAAUGAAAGGCCUCAAUGAAGCCUUAUUAUAUUAUGCACAAAUGAUCCUGUGUUCAGUGUUUACCACCCAAUGUACCCAAAAUAGCAUGCAGCAGAAUACUAUGAGUUUUGUAAAACUGAAUGCAUUAUGCUGUGUUCCUUUAAAGAAAUCACAGUGUGUCAAGCUUUCCCAGGGAUUUUAUUCUCUCUGAACUAAAAGGAUAUGUUUUCUUCAGAUAUUUCAAACUUACGCAUUUAAGGGGAUCUCAGAGACUAGAAAGACCUCACCGCCACAAACGAAAGCAUUACUGAAUGUGGAUAUCCUAUUCCAAAAUGAGGAGGAUUUCUACCUUGAUGUUACUUAUAGGAGAAAUUUCCUUUAUGUCGUUGCAUGUGUUCUGUAAAGAUGUCAUCAACUGUACUUUUCAAAAGGACCAACGUUCAGAGUAUCGGAGAGCUAAAAGAAGUUGGUUAUGGAAUCCAUUUUAUGUUUUGGAGGAGCAGGACAUUACUGAACCCUUAUAUAUUGGUCAGCUUAAAUCUGAUUUGGACAAGGAAGAUGGAUCCUUUAAGUAUAUUUUAUUAGGAGAUGGAGCAAAAACUAUUUUCACAAUAGAUGAAAGAACAGGAGAAAUUUAUCUUCUGAAAAAACUUGACCGAGAAGAAAAAUCAUCAUAUACUCUAAGAGCUCAGGCUAUAAACACUGUGACUGGCAUUCCUGUUGAAGCAGAAUCUGAGUUUAUUGUCAAAAUUCAGGAUAUUAAUGACAAUGCACCAAAGUUUAUCAAUGAACCUUAUUUUGCUACUGUUCCUGAAAUGUCUCCUGAGGGGACAUUUGUCACACAUGUGACAGCUACAGACAUGGAUGAUCCAAAUUAUGGAAACAGCGCCAGACUGAUAUACAGCAUUCUACAGGGUCAGCCACAUUUUUCCAUAGAACCAAAAUCAGGGAUUAUUCGAGUGGUUUCCCAAAUGGAUAGAGAAGCUAAAGACCAAUACUUUGUUGUGAUCCAAGCAAAAGAUAUGGCUGGAAGUGUGGGUGGAUUGUCAACAACAACAACUGUAACAGUUAGCUUGUCUGAUGUCAAUGACAAUGCACCAAAGUUUCAGCAAAAAAUAUACGAUAUGUCAAUUUUAGAAACAUCUUUAGUUGGAGAAAUUGUUGGUGCAGUUAUGGCUGAUGAUCGUGACAUAGGAAAGAAUGCAGAAAUGAUAUAUAAGAUUGAAGAAAAGGGAGACUUCAGCAUGUUCGAUAUAAUAACUGACAACUUAACCCAAGAAGGUAUCAUCAAAUUAAGGAAGGUUCUCGAUUAUGAAAGUAAAAAGAGAUACAGCAUACGUGUGAAAGCUAUAAAUAAACAUAUUGAUGAAAGGUUUCUGAAACAUGGCUUAUUUGAAGAUACUACAACAGUAAAGAUCCAUGUUGAAGAUAUUGAUGAACCUCCAGUUUUUGUUCUCAAGGAAUAUUUUAUGGAAAUUCUUGAAAAUGCUUCUGCUGGUUCAUAUAUUGGAUCUGUGACUGCAAAAGACCCUGAUAACAGCAACACUCCAGUCAGGUAUGGCCUUCAUAAAAUCAAGCAUUUCAGAUUCUUUGACAUCGAUUUGCAUCUUGGAGCAAUCACCACAACUAAACCUUUGGACAGAGAAGAGGCACUUUGGUAUAAUAUAACAGUUACCGCAACAGAGGCAACAAAUCCAGCUCAUGUAGCUGAAGUUCCAGUUUAUAUCCGCAUUAUCGAUGUUAAUGACAAUGCUCCACAGUUGUCAGAAGAAUACCACAUUUAUGUCUGUGAACAGUCCAAACCAGGAGAGCCAAUACAGACAAUAAGUGCAGCGGACAGAGAUGAGGCAACAGUUGGACAACGUUUUUCUUUUGCUUUGGUACCUGAAGCAGCAAAUAAUACAAACUUUACUAUCAGAGACAACAAAGAUAACACAGCUACCAUUUCUACAUUAAGAGAUGGAUUUAAUCUGCAUGAAAACUCACAUUUUUACUUGCCAAUUGUAAUAAAUGACAAUGGGAUCCCACCUCUUAGCAGCACAAACACUCUGACAAUUUAUGUUUGUGAUUGUGGCAUGGAUGGCAAUACAGAAGUUUGUAAAGACAACGGAAUGUUCUUGUAUCUAGGACUGAACUUUGGUGCUUUAAUUGCAAUAGGAGUGUGUUCAUUUUUAAUUUUAGUGCUGGGCAUCAUUCUAUUUGUGAAAUUGAAGAAGAAGCAUACUAUGCUUUCAGAAAAAGGAGAAGAUUUUAGAGAAAAUAUUGUCAAGUAUGAUGAUGAGGGAGGUGGAGAAGAAGACACUGAAGCAUUUGACAUAGGACACCUUACAAACCAAGCCAUACUGAGAAAGCAUAAACCUGGGAACAGAAAAUUCAGAACAGAUAUCCAAAGUUUUUAUAGGAUGUCCUUAAAACUCGGACCAGAUAUUGCUGUAUUUAAAGAAUUCCUCAUGGAAAAAUUAGAGGAAGCUAAUGCAGACACUGAUAGUCUUCAACUUGACUCUCUAAAGUGCUAUGCAUUUGAAGGCACUGGCUCUUUAGCUGGAUCACUGAGUUCUAUAGAAUCAACAUCCUCAGAUAUUGAUCCAAACAUUCAGAAUAUCUGUGACUGGGGACUGCAGAUUCAAAGCUUUCCUGAUACCCACAGGGAAGGUUAUGUUCUUAACCAAAUAUAAAGUACAUAUUUUCUUAGAUAUUUGUAACAUCUGCUUUUUUUCAUGGAAUCUUGUGAAACAUAUCUUCUAAGAUAAACAUUUUUCCAUGAAUUAUGAUCAUGAUAUUCAAUAAAAUCAGCUUCUGUACAAAGCAAACAUUGUACCAAAGAAUUGAGAUGAAUCUUGUAUACAGUAAAAAAAAAGGAAAGGGAGAUACACUGGUGACAUUGUUCAGCAAUUUUGUAUUAAUAAAUUAUCAAAUAGCUUUAUCAAUAAUUAGAAAUGUGUGUAAAUAAAAAUACUUUGGUGUUUGAUGAAAAGCAGAAAAAAAUAUUAUACUAGUGAAAUAAAAAUGUAAUGAUAAUUAUUAUUUUCCUGUCCAAAUUAGCAAUAUACCUGAAACAGGAAUCAUCAACAUAUGAAAUAUACAUUUGCCAAUGUGAUCUUAAAUACCUAAAGGUGAACAUAUUCCUUAUUUUCAUUAUAGCUUGUAUAUGUUGUAAAGUAGCGUUUGCACUUAUUUCCGAUUUUAGCAUAUUUUCAAGGAAACCAAAUGCAAUAUAGUUAGAAAGGUGAAAAUAUACAUAAAGGCCCAUAAAAGCCUGAUUGUGGCAGUGAAGAGCAACUAUUCAUUGUACAUGGGUAAUUGGUUGAUCGCUGAACUUGUUAUAAAGGAAAACUCUUAAUAGUAGUGAAUGCUUAAUCAUUAUACACCUGAAAUAUAUUUGUUUUCAUGUUUUA